AUGUUUGUCGAGUUAACAGACAAAUCGAGGGCUAUCAAACGUGGGAGUGAAGGCAAUGAUCCGUCUCAGCUCCGAAAGGAAAUUGAGCAAAUUAUGUCAGCGGUCAAGGAUAUUGGUCACGAAUUAGGCAGCCAUGUUCUAACUUUGGAUGCAUGGAUUUCAGAUGCGGAACAAAAACGUGAAGCGGCGCACAGCAAGGCACAGACUGUUUUUGUUGCUUUGGAUAACGGAACUAGGCAAGGUGGUGAUAAAAAGACGAAACUUGGCAAACAUAUUAAAAAUAUUGGAGACGCGCAAAAGACGAUCUCGGCCACAAAUGAGGCCCUAAAAACUGAGGCUGCUAAAUUAGAGCUGUGGAAAACUGAGGCAACCAAGGUUGUUCAGGAAGCAGGGCGGAAGUGUUCCGCUGUUGUUGCUGCACUAAACAAGACAGCAGAACCGAUAUUCAACACGAAGUUUCAGGAAAUUAAGCAGAAGGCGCAACAGAUUGACAGCGCACAUACCGUGGCGAAGCAGAAACUUACAGAGGUUGCUAAAAAAGCCAGCGCCGCCUACGCAAAGUUACAAAACAUUAGUAGUGAGGUUAGAGGGCAAAUUCAAGGAAAAGUGGUGGAUGCUCUACGUAGCCUCAAGGCUGCGUUGCAAAAUAAGGACCGGGAGCUUAGAACGCAGAUCGAAAAGCAGGGAAAAGGUAAAAAGUGUGUCAUAUCAGGCUUCGGAGGUGACAAGCACACAGAUAUAACCAACAUCAAAGGGGAAAACGUCAUAAAGCCAUGGCUUGAAGAUAUUGCUGUAUCACUUAAUGGACCACUCGAAGAGGCUGCUCGUUCCGGUGUGGAUGCUCUUCAGCAGCACAUUUUAAAAGAAGCCACGGUGCAGGCACUUCAAAACUCCGACACGGCAAUCCUGGUUAACGGAGCCGAAAUAAACACACAAUCUUCAGAUAUUCAAGUAGCAGUGGCAGCAAUUGAGUCUCAGCUAAACACUAUAUCCGAAAUGGUUGAACAGACGCACAAAAAUAAUGAUAUUAAAGACUAUUUGACAGAUUUAGAGAUGCUCAUUGAAACCACGAAUGAGGAAAAGUAUACGCUACAAGCACAGUAUACGCAUAAUAACAUCCAGGUUUACGGCCUCUCAAAAAUCUACAGUGGACUCUGCUAUCGACAAAAACAAUUAGAAACGCCCAUCAGCACAAUCGCUUCAUCUAUCGACGAAAUUACCAACGAACUUUCAAGACUUCGAAAUGAGCUGAAGCAUUCAACCGGUAAUGACAUAAUUUUGACUUUGCAACAGAUGGAAAGGCGCAUUGGUCAUGCAACCAACAGUCCCAACAGUCUUUCACAUCUCAAAACUGAGAUUGGAAAAUUGCAAGAAGACCAAUUGUCUAACAACGUAGACGGUAAAAUUCAAAGAGUCAUCACAGCAGCGCUAUCGACGGUGACGGCGGUCGAAGACCUACCUGUUGCAGUUGAAGCUGCAAGAAAUGUUGCAGACGGUCUAAUGGUUAACUUGGAGCAGCGCAUCAAAUCUCUGUAUGAAAAAGUAGUGGCCAUUGACCCAGUAGUGAAUAGCGCUGAACAAGUCAUGACGCAGUGUAUAUUAGAUAUUGAAGGUAGAUUAGCUCACGCUAAAGAAAAUGUUACCGAUGCCGUCAUACAACUCAGAACCAAACUACUCGAUCUCUUCAACACCGCCUUCGCCGCCCUCACCCACCAAGUCCAAUCCCUCUUCGCGAAGCAGAAGCAGGCCGAGCUCGCCGCGCUGGAGAACGUUGUCACGGAGCAGUUGCGGGAGAUUGAGAGGGUUAUUGAGGAGGAUAGGGGUAGCGGGGUGAAGGGUUUCUUGAGCAACGUAAUGGAGAGAAUUGAAGAAGAAUUUCUAGAUCCAUUACCAUCUUUGCCCAGACUUGAUAAAACCAUCACCCUCGAUAAAUUGGCCGGGAGAACAAAAUUAUUUUUACACGCACUUUUCAUGUACGUCGAGGGGCAAGUGAAAGAUUUGGUUCCAAGUGACGACCCAAAUCAGCCUUCAACUCCAACCGCAAAUAAUCAAUCUCGUCAAGUUGCCAAAAUUAGAGAUAACCUCAACACAUUACUUGGUUCACUGACUCACUUCAACAAAAUAUCAAGUAGCCGCCUUAAGCACCUUAAACAGUCACACGCCAACUUGACGCCUGCUAGGUUUGACGGUAACAAUAACCGUCUGCUUGACCUCGUUAGAGACGGGGUGGGAGGCUUCAUUUCUGAGUUGGAGUAUGCCUAUGUCAGUGCGUACUCUAAGCAACAGUGGGAGAAAGAGCAUUCAACAAAGUACGCUAAGAUAGGUUUGACGAUAAUUCCCACGCUAUAUGAGUCGUUAAUGGAGCUACAAAAUGGGCUUCUAAAAAAAGAAAAGGCAUGGGAUGCUGAACGCCUCUAUUAUUCUGACUCCGACCAGAAUCCUCUUGGUGAAUACUUCUACCAUCACGGUUACCAAGUGCCUAAAAGUGCAGAGAUCAGCGACGGUGAAUUGAAAAACAAGUCAGACUUUUGCGGCUCGGAUAUAAUCGUUCUGAUUAAUAGCGUAGAUCAUAAGUGGUUCAAUACGACGAAACCAGUCAUAUUCCGCGGUAUUACUGAGAAUGAUGACGUUACUAUCGAACAAGAGGAUGACAACGGUGUAUUACAAAAACUUCAUGACUGUCUCGUACUAUACUCUAGAGUCUGCCACCUCACGCACGUCGCAUCACCUAAGGCGCCGUGUUCCGUCUAUGAAAUGUUGUGUUGGCUUACAGGCCUCCAGUUUAAUUCUGUAUUCAAUCCACUUCUGAAUCAUGUUAAAGCACUUUUCAUGGCACCCGUUGCUCCAAACUCAUCGGAGAAAAUGCUGAAACCCAUAAACGCCUAUCCAAAAGAGUUUUCGCUCAGCGACGUUAGUUCUGCUGUAGAUCACAUCUGUUCAUAUGCGUAUGCGUUGCUAACCACCAUCCUAGGAACUGGCGACGCACUUACUGUGUACGCUUGUGAUUUUUCUAAUAACACUUUCAGAUUCAAAUACCCUGUCAGUGGUGAGGACUGUCUCGACAUGUUGCUUGAUAUAUUACGUAGACUAUUACCAACACUUCAAUUUGUAUAUCGCCAAUGUAGAUUGACUACCGAACAUUACGGCUGGUCCGACUGCAAGUACGGUAAGGAUGUCGCGUCGUCCAAACAGCCAUGCGAAAAUCAUUCAAGCGAUGAAUCAACGUGCGAACCAAAUUACCAAGCAAACUGCCAACCUACGUGCCAACCAACAUCGCCGCUGAUGAGCUAUCUGAAUGACUGUUUACCUGGGCACUUACCACACCAACUCAUUAGAAUCGGCUGCAAGUACGAGUGCUCCACAUGCCCGACCACGUCAAAAAAAGGUAUGCCGUGUCUCACUCCGCUUGGCUUUAAGGCUUUUUCCGGAUCAACAAAGAGAGGCGUAGAUAUUUCGAACGCCCUUCAAUAUUUCUUUGCUUGCGACAACAUUCGUGCAAUAUUCAGCCUGGCUCCCAGACCACCUGUUACGUUGCCCGAACAUUUCGAAUUUGCGUUGUGUUUAGUUAGGGAAUGGAAUACACCAAAAUCUGAAAUAAACGCUCUCCAAACAAAAUUCGAAACACUAAUCGAGGAUACGUCCAUGUGGUUGGUUAGUGACACAGGAGAGCUCACAAAUGCUUUCAUAAACGCCUACGGCUCUGCACCCAGCACGAGGCCACGAGUACACACAAAUACAGAACACUCUGAUGUCGCUAGUCUGUGUCUAGGUAACAACACAAAGCCAUGUGCCAAUCAGUCAUGUGCUCCCUACCUUUUAUCUCUUUGCACUGACUCCUACAUGUACCUUGCCCACAAACAUUCCGAUACCUACUUAUCGUGGGCAGUUUAUCUGCCAUGGACAUUUUGGAACUAUCUUUACAAUUUGUAUCAGGCUUUCUGCAAUAUUGCCUGUCGGGAUUGGGGAUGCCGAUCAUGUUUACAGAACGACAAGUGCAGACGCGGACAGCAUGGUCAUAGCUACAAAGAAGAGGGGAAACCUGAGCAAACACAUUGUCAAUGCCAAUCCAUAGUAACCUGUAAGGGCGUGUCACCAACGUUCUAUGGUUAUGGAUUUACGUUCGGUAAUGCAUGGGAGUUGAACCGUAGAAAGUUUGAAAUCAAAUGUUCAAAGUUCUGCGCACAGUUGCAUAAAGUCUUAAAGUCUGAUCACUUCUGUAAUUUAUUUACACAGUGCGACGAAUUCCUCUUCAAGAUCCGCGCACCAUUCAUAUGGCUGAAUGUAUCCCUCUGGCUCCUCUCUUUAUUGUACCUCCUCCACAUCAUGGUCGUCCGCCUCGACCUGCUCCACAUCAAAUCGCAUUUGCAUAGUCCCUCAUCACAUCGCAUAGCUGCUCAAUCACUACUUGCUGCCGCACGUGUUAACAAGCUUAACAGAGUGUUUUAUCUGCAACCAUAA